UUUUCGCGCUGCACGUUUUUUUGCUUCGUUCGUCGCCAUAGCCAUGCUUGUAAACCAGGUCUCGCUCUCACCGAAGCCCCGCCCCGCCCCGGCGUCCCUGGUCGAUGCCGCUGCUUGGAUUGAAGCAGCGUCCUUCCUUAAUUCGGGCCAAGCUUGUGUGAGGAUCGACUCAAGCAAAGCUCAGUUCAGAUCGGUUUCCUAAUCCGGGGACAAUGUACAUGGAGGCUAAGGACGGACGGGUGCUUCGGGUAGUCAGCACUCCCUCGCAGGAUUUGGCGCUCACCAAUUGCUCCUUCUGCUCGCGGGCACAGUUCGAGGAUUUCCAACUGCCCCGCGCGGACUAUGGCAUGGUCUCCGUUAACGGCCAGCUUGUGUACAAGAUUUUAUAUCCUUUCGCCGUUCACUUUAUGGUUGUUUCGGAUGUACAGCGAUCUGGUGUUGGUGUUGGCGUGUUAAGGUUCUGUUCUUUUCUUUUCCGAGUUUAACCGCGUUUCUGUCUUGGCUCGGGCUGUUAGCUGCGUUGACGGAUGUGUACCGGAAUUUCUUUUCUGAUUGUACUGCAUUUGUAUCGUUUUGCGACAUGUCAUUACUGUUUGGAUAUGCACUGGUGUUAUUUGUUUAUUUAUUUUCCCUUGGUUUUCCCUCGCAUUUAUUUAGGGAUAAUUGGAGUUCUUGUUGUCAGCUCAAAAGUUGUUGAAGAACCGAAAAGAUCUCCAGAAACGCUGUACUGUUAGUUAGACCACCGACUACAUGCAGCAUCUGCGUCAAGUUGAUGCGCUGAAUGCAUUGUAAGUCGAAAAAGGUUGUCUGGCUCUUAAUGCUAUUCAGCGGCGAUGUUUAAAGGUUUCAAACAAUGAUGCCGUGGCUGUUGAAAGAUACGCGCUCCCAGCAUCUGGGUUUAAUUUGGUGAUGAUUCAUGUUGAGCUAGAUUUCAUCUCGAAGGGAAAAAAACAGGAGACGAUUGAUGCAGCAAUCAUUUCCAAAGAGCUUACAAAGCGAUUCUCAGGCCAGGUCUUGACAACCGACCAAAAGGUUUCAUUUGAAUACGUGGGCACCAACUUCCUCUUUACCGUAGGAACGGUGCUAGUGGAUGGUCAGCUAGAAGGGGAAGGAAGCCUAGGUCUUUUGAUUGAUGAUACCGUCUGGCAAUUUGAAACUCCUGCGAAUUCUGGCAUCAAGAUAGUGAAUCAGAAGGGGGGCCAAUCAACUAAUUUGUUCAAGACCAAAGAGUUCAAUUUCCAAAAACUGGGUAUUGGUGGGUUGGAUGCUGAGUUUGGCGACAUUUUCCGGCGAGCGUUUGCAUCGAGAGUUUUCCCCCCUCACGUGAUUUCUAAGCUAGGAAUACCACACGUCAAAGGUAUUUUGCUUUUCGGCCCACCUGGUACAGGAAAGACUCUAAUUGCGCGGCAGAUUGGGAAGUUGCUGAAUGGGCGUGAACCUAAGGUUGUCAAUGGUCCAGAGGUCCUCAGUAAGUUUGUUGGAGAAACAGAGAAGAAUGUACGCGACCUGUUUGCGGAUGCCGAAGCUGAGCAAAAAUCACGAGGCGAUGAAAGUGAUCUACAUAUUAUUAUCUUUGAUGAACUUGAUGCCAUAUGCAAGGCUCGAGGUUCCACCCGAGAUGGAACGGGUGUGCAUGACAGUAUUGUUAACCAGCUGCUCACAAAGAUUGAUGGUGUUGAGAGCCUCAACAAUAUAUUGCUAAUUGGUAUGACGAAUAGAAAGGAUCUUCUUGAUGAAGCUUUGCUACGGCCAGGACGUAUGGAGGUCCAAAUCGAAAUCGGAUUGCCAGACGAGAACGGCCGUAUUCAGAUUUUGGGCAUUCACUCGAACAAGAUGAAGGAGAACUCUUUUUUGAGUGCUGACGUAGAUUUGGAAGCACUUGCGGCUAAAACCCAGAAUUUCAGCGGAGCAGAACUAGAGGGUCUGGUGAAGAGUGCAACCUCUUUUGCUUUGAACAGGCAAGUGAAUUUUGCCGAUCUUUACAAACAACUUGACGAGGACAAUAUCAAAGUGACGAUGGAUGAUUUCUUAAAGGCUCUUGAUGAAGUGAAGCCUGCAUUUGGUGCAGCCAUCAAUACUCUAGAGUUGUGCAGACCGGGGGGCAUGCUACCCUGUGGGGAAGCCUUUGAUAAGAACUUAAAAACAGCAAAAACGCUUGUGGAGCAAGUUAAAAAGAGCGAUCGUACACCUCUUAUGACAUGUCUUUUUGAAGGCCCUUCUAGCACCGGGAAAACAGCGCUUGCGGCAUCCAUCGCUAUCGAAAGUGGGUUUCCUUUCAUAAAAAUUGUAUCCGCAGAGAACCUGAUUGGCUUGCAAGAGCCCACUAAAGUUUCUAUGAUUGCCAAGGUUUUUGAGGAUGCCUAUAAGUCUCCCUUGAGUAUCAUUAUUCUAGAUGACAUUGAAAGGUUAAUAGAGUAUGUCAGAAUCGGGCCCCGCUUCUCUAACCUCAUUCUGCAGACGCUUCUCGUUCUUGUGAAGAAGAACCCUCCUAAAGGCAAAAAGCUUCUAGUGAUUGGCACAACCAGUGAGAAGGAUAUUCUUGAAUCAAUGCGCUUGGUGGAAUCUUUCAACAUACAUAUGGAGGUCCCUUCGUUGAAACCAAGCGGCAUGAAGGAGGUUUUGUUAGCUCUAAAUUUCUUUGCUCCCACUGACAUUGACGCUGCUUUGUCAGCUCUUGGUCAAGAGAUGCCCAUCAAGAGAUUGUUGAUGUUGAUUGAAAUGGCGGCACAAGGCAAGGAGGGUGAGGAUGCAAUCGCUAUACUCAAGGGACAUAAAAAAAUUGACAUCCACUACUUUUACGACUGCCUGAAUGAUAUCGAAUCUUCUAAAAGUUUCUAGAAGACCUGUAACGAGAAAUUGACUCUUCCUGACCUUUUUUUGGCGGGAGAAAUGUUAAUGUUUUAUUGAACACAGCAAAUAGAUUUUUUUUCUCUCUUUUUUUUU